AUGACGGUGUCAUACACUGUAAGAGUAGAGAAGCGACAGGCAGUUGUUGCCUGUGGAACCUGUGUGUAUGGAGCUGUCACUCUUAUACCUGCCGGAGUUCGAAUGACUAAACCUACUACUAAAACGUUAGCAAAUACAGCGGCCGGAUGUAGACGAAUGAAUGUUGUGUGCACGUUACCGCAACCUGGAAUGAUGGAGUUUAAUCGCGCAAAAGCGGGACCAUACGAGGGAAAGUCGAUAACGGUACUGCUCACCUGUGGAGCGGAUAAGAAAUGGCGUUUCACGAAUAAUGGCGCAGUGACAAUGAUUCCCAAUACUCCACAAGGAUGUAGACAAAUGAGAAUAAUUUGCAACACACCAGCCGGUUACACAAAAUCAAACAUGGUGUUCAAUGGUACUGAACCUCCAAAGGUUGGAAAAAACGUUAACGCUUUAAUUUCGUGCUUCAAAGCGUCCUGGCACACAACAUUCAUGGGCUCAUAUAUAGAAAUUCUCAUGAUCAACUAUUCUGUUUUCUGUUUGGUAGCGUUCAUGGCAAUUUAUUCAUGUUCCGAGGCUGCCCCUGCCAAAAAACCACUACGUGAGUUUAAAUUCCACGAGGUAGCAGGGGUUUUUUUUGCAACAUUUUCAAUUUUCUACACCACUAAAACUUGUGCAACAUGUCUUCCUCGUGAAGUUCAACUUACACCAGCUGAUGAGGGUACACAAGGAUCGGUAACUCCAGUGUUUAAGAUGUUACCGAAUGCCAAGGGAUGUAGACAAAUGAACGUAAUCUGCCCAACUCCAAAAGGUUUCACAAGGACGCAAAUGAUGAUACCUCAGCUCUGUGAGAUGUUUUGCCAGCUGAACUGCAAAAAAAACUGA